AUGGAGAAGGUGAGUGAUACAAAAGUAAUAGAAAUCCGUCUAGAAAAAUCAAACGAGGAGAACACUUUCCAGUCUCCGCCACAUUCAGCUCUUCCCCCACCAGUUCUACUUCACCAAGACACUUCACCCUUUCACACUGAAGUGAUUCCAUCUAUCGAACUCGACGAACCCUCCCCGACGACUACGAUCAGUCUCAAAGUUCAACCCAUUCAGCCCGAAGUACCCGAAGACAAGAAUCAAAGUGGACUGAAGGAGUUUGUGAAGUCGAUCUAUCUGGACGAAGUUAUCGAAUACCUCAAAGUCCACGAACCGAAGAAAGAAAGACAGAAAAUGAAUAUAACAGACCGACGUACUGUUCGGAUGCCUCGGGCGUCUCAAAUUGCUUCAAUCGAAGAAGACAAAAUCUAUCUCAGGAAGUCCGUCAGAAGUGAGUUGGACUCAAUCAAGAAGUCUUAUAAAGAGAAGAAACCAAGGAAAGACUCAGACGAAGUCCUCGGUGAUUUUAACAACAACUUACACACUAAAAUACUCCAACUGAUUAAAUCUAUCGAAGGGUUCGAUAACGAACAAAUGCAAAAAGUCCUCACUUUCGCUAAUGGAUUGGUCAAAGCACCAAUACCCAGUAGUAACUGA